GGGGAAGGGUACAGCUCGGUACAGUCCAGUACGGUACAGAUGGAUUUAAUGCACCGAGGCUGCUUAACUAACCUAACCUUAGCCUACUUGUAUGGUCAAGUGAACUCAAGUCACUGUAUGCUCUCGUGGACGAUACCUUCAACACAAGCUUUCGCCAAAGUUUGAGCACGAAAGACGAGCAUUAGACACUACCCGUACCCAACAACUCCAUGUGCAGCUUCUUCGCACUUUCCACUAGACUACGGCAAUCAUCGCGCUGUUCGACGCACUGGCCGAGACGAAGAGAUCAUUCAUGCAUACCCGCACGAGGCGCACGACCACCCCAGAUCAGCAAGACACAACAACGGCGGGAGACACGCGCGGCACCUGCUACCACAUCCGAUGAAUCACUCGCAGGCCAAUGGCGCCGCGAGCGCUUCCUCUGAACUCCCAAAGCUCGUCACCUCUGCCGCAGCCAAAGCGGAAGAGAAGGAACCUGUUAUAGACGCUGGCUUGAGGAGCUUAGAUCAUUACAGAAGAGCGCUCCCGAAAUGGCGGUACGAUCUGCGACAGCAACUGCUGCCCCUCAUACGAUGGGAGACACCAUAUCUGGCAUGGCUGCAGGAAACACUGCGCACGCCGGCUUUGGAUAGCUACUUUGCCAUCACAGCGAACCUAGGCACGCACACCUUCUUCAUGAUAGGGCUACCAAUUCUGUUCUGGUGCGGAUACGCAUCGUUCGGCAAAGGGCUGGUCCAUAUUCUCGCCGCUGGUGUCUUCUUCACCGGCUUCAUCAAGGAUUUCUUUUCUCUGCCUAGACCGCUUUCUCCACCACUUCAUAGGAUUACCAUGUCUGGCUCGGCGGCUCUGGAAUAUGGCUUCCCGUCCACUCACUCUGCGAAUGCUGUAUCGGUUGCCGUUUAUGGCAUCCUCCUGCUUCAUUCGCCCGAAAACGCUUUUCAACCGAACACCAAAUUCGCCCUCGAGUUUCUCGCCUAUUUCUACACUGCGAGCAUCAUCUUCGGUCGGCUGUACUGUGGUAUGCACGGGUUCUUGGACGUCAUCAUCGGCUCCAUCAUGGGCGCAGUGAUAUCUCUUAUCGAGUUCUACUACGGUCCAGCCGUGGAGAUGUACUUACGUGACCAGGCAGUCUCCGGUGUUCUGAUCGUGACGCUGGUCAUUUUUGUGCUCGUCCGCGUCCAUCCUGAACCCGCGGACGACUGCCCCUGUUUCGACGACAGUGUUGCGUUCGCUGGCGUUGUCAUUGGCGUUGAGGUCGGUACAUGGCACUUUUCGAAUUCACUCUACGCCCUGAACCCGUUCGAUCUCGAGGCUCUUGGUUGGGUCAAAACCGUCGUGCGUAUCCUGUUUGGCGUAUUUUGUGUUAUAGCAUGGCGUGAGGCCGCCAAGCCUACCUUGCUCAAGGGGCUGCCUUAUCUCUUCCGUGUUAUAGAAAAGCUCGGCCUCGCGCUUCCGAGGCGCUUCUUCAUGCCUGCUUCAGAGUACAAGAACAUACCGCUCAGCUUGCGCGUUGACAACUUGGUGCCGAGCGUGAGCGAGAUCCCCAAGAUCGUCAACAAUAUCAGAAGAGGUGGCCGUGGCAGGUCUGUUAGCAUCGGGCCACAGAGUGCGGCUGACGCAUAUGAGACACUAGCCUACAGAGACAGGAGGCGGCGCGAGAGUAUCGGCAGCAAUGGAAGCAUACGGAGUAAGCCCAGCAUUGCGGAUCUCAAGGCGGGCUCCCCGCUGCCCGGAACAACAGAGGAAGAGCAACAGACCGGGCAUAGCAGCGCUGUCAGCGGUGCUGGCAGGCUGGGCGAUUAUGAGCGUAUGAUGGGUGAGGGCACUGUGUUGGUGUCGCCCAGCGAAGACAAGGAUGACCAAGACCCGAUGUUGUUCGUUGGUCAGCAAGACGAGCUGGGCGAGAAGGAAGUCUUUGCUAAGCUGGUCAAACCCAGGGUCAGGUACGAUGUCGAAGUUGUCACAAAACUAGUCGUGUAUGGUGGUAUCGGACUUGUCGCCGUCGAUAUUGUACCCAUCAUUUUUCACUUCGUCGGCCUAGGGGUGCCGGUCAUCCUAAAUUAUCACCACAGCUGAUGUUGGUCACGCUGAUAUGAGAAAGCUGGGACCUAAAUACACUAUAUAAUGGAACGACGUUUGCAUGACUGAUAUGGAAUCUUUUUUUUUUCUUUUUUGUAUAUAUUUGGCUUGGCCUCGCAAUGGCCUGAAUAUAUAUCGACUCUGUAUUGAUUGGAGUGAAUAUAGAGUCCCAAAGCCCCUCGCAUCGUUGUUACUUGUCAUCUACGAGCUUAUAUUCUU